GCCGCCCCUUCCGGCCCGCCCGAGGCCGCCAUGCAGGCUGCGCCGCGCCUCGCCUUCGGGGUCAUCGCCGACGUCCAGUUCGCGGACGCGGAGGACGGGCACGACUUCUCCGGCUGCCGGCGGCGCUUCUACCGGCACAGCCUGCGCUUGCUGCGGGAGGCGGUGCGGGAGUGGGCCGGCGAGAGCCCGCCCAUAGACUUGGUGCUGCAGCUGGGCGAUAGCAUCGACGGGCAGAACGCGCGGCGCGGCGAGUCCGAGAGCGCCCUGCAGCAGGUGCUGGAGGUGCUGGCGCAGCUCUCGGUGCCCGUGCACCACGCGUGGGGCAACCACGAGCUCUACAACUUCAGCCGGGCGCGGCUGGCGCGCAGCGGGCUGUACAGCCGGCCCGCGGGGGGCUCGGACGGGCCGGCGGACAGCGAGUGCCACGCGUACCACUGCAGCCCGGCGCCGCGGCUGCGCCUGGUCGUGCUCGACAGCUACGACAUCAGCACGCUGGGCGCGGAGCCCGGCAGCCGCCGCUACCAGGAGGCCCUGCGGGUGCUGCGGAAGAAGAACCACAACGAGGAUCUCAACAGCCCCGAAGGGCUCAAAGAACCUCAUUUUGUAGCGUUUAAUGGAGGAUUUAGCCAAGCCCAGCUGGACUGGUUUGAUGAAGUCCUCAAGUUCUCUGAUGAAAACCAAGAAAAAGUUAUAGUUAUGGCUCACGUGCCCAUCCAUCCCUGUGCUUCCAACGGGGUUUGCCUGGCCUGGAAUUACGAGGCGGCCCUGUCGGUGAUUCACGCACACAGGUGUGUGGUCUGUGUCCUCGCUGGGCACCUGCACGACGGCGCCUACUGCCUGGACUGCCACGGAGUUCACCACCUCACCCUGGAGGGACUCAUCGAGACGCCCCCCGACAGCAACGCUUUCGGAACUGUUCAUGUCUACGAAGAUAAAAUGGUGCUGAAGGGAAGGGGCAGAAUUCCUGACAGAGUUAUGCCGUUCUGAAAUACCGGGCAAAUAGAGAUUGUUCUUCUUCAGGAAGGACUCGGAUAAAAAUGUAGGAGAUUCAGCUGUUUGCUUUUAGAAAGCUGUGCUUGGCUGAUCCUUAUUGCUUGAGCUCAGGAGUUUUUCUCUUGGAUACAGAAUUUUAGAAAUUGUGUUUCUGUAAGAGAGCACCUGACUUCUUUUUGGAGAAUAGAGAAGGUCAGUAAUUGAAAUAAAUAUACUGGAAUGCAGAAUGUUCAUUUCAAACACCCAAUCCAGACUGGAUUUCUACUGUGAAAAGAUGCAAACCAUAUAACGAAUAUUGCU